AUGGCAAGUAGCGAACUAAAAGAGGGAAUGAAAAUUUGUGACCCUGCUUGUGGGGUAGGAAAAUUCCCCUUGGAAUUUAUCAAAGAUAAAAUUGAUAAUUUGUUUCGUGUUGAGAAAGGAAAAAUAAUCACAAAAGUAGAAAUAAUAGGUUUUGAUAUAGGAUUUGACAAGGAUGAGGAAAAAACUAUAAUUCUUGCCAAAGCAAAUAUGCUUAUUUAUUUUUCAGAGUUGAUAAAAAAGCAUAAGGGAAGAACUAAAGAAUUUGCUGAAUUGUUCAAUAAAAGUUUUGAACUGAAAACUUCAAGAUUUGGUACUUUAUCUGAAAAAUCCGAGGAAGAAUACGAUUUAAUUCUUACUAAUCCACCCUAUGUA